GCCGCAUCCGGCUCGCGCUCUGGAUUUUAGGACAGUUUGCUCCUCGUUCACCCGGGCAGAGAGCCACGCGAAAAACAGUGACAAAAGGAUCCAGUGGACGACCGGCAGAAGAGAAAGAGCAGAAGAAGAGGAGAAGCCAGCAGAGGAGGAACAAGAAGGCAGCUUUUGAGGAGCCUGGAGGAUCUAUUUUGUUCGGGGACAGUGCUGCUGUAUCUUUCUUCCAGGAAUAAGGAGGGAUAGUAGCUGUGGCUGAUCUGCAGCCAUGCAUCGCUUAAGGACUACAAUGGCAAGGCUUCGGCCUUUAACGGCUGCACAGUCAGCCCUGAGCAUAUCGCAGCCCAGACUCUUGGCGAUAGAAGGGGGUUUACGGACGUUUAAGCCUGUGAGGUGCCUGAACACAUCUGUGGCUGCUGAGCCCUUUCUUAAUGGCACUAGCUCUAACUAUGUGGAGGAGAUGUACUAUGCAUGGCUGGAAAACCCCAGGAAUGUCCACAAGUCCUGGGAUAUAUUUUUCCGUAACGCUAACGCAGGGGCUCCGCCUGGUGCGGCCUAUCAGAGCCCCCCCCCCCUCAGUGGGUCGUCUCAGGGACUGACCGGGGUCCAGGCCCUGAUGGGGGCUCAGCCCAAUCUGGAGAAACUGGUGCAGGAUCAUCAAGCCGUGCAUUCACUCAUACGGGCAUACCAGGUACGAGGGCAUCACAUAGCCAAGCUGGACCCCCUGGAGAUCAGCUGUGUAGACUUCGACGAUACCCCUUGUACCGUUGGUUUCCAGAACGUUGGUGUUUACGGACUGGUGGAAUCCGACCUGGACAAGGUGUUCCGGCUCCCCACCACCACUUUCAUUGGGGGCAGCGAGAGCUCUCUGCCUCUCAGAGAGAUUAUCCGACGACUGGAAAUGGCCUACUGUCAACACAUCGGAGUAGAGUUCAUGUUCAUUAAUGACUUGGAGCAGUGCCAGUGGAUCAGAGAGAAGUUCGAGACACCUGGAAUCAUGCAGUUCAGUCUGGAGGAGAAGAAGACUCUUUUGGCCAGAAUGAUCCGCUCCACAAGGUUUGAGGAGUUCCUCCAGAGGAAAUGGUCGUCAGAGAAACGCUUUGGUCUGGAGGGUUGUGAAUCGCUCAUCCCGGCCCUCAAAACCAUCAUCGACAUGUCCAGUCUGAGCGGAGUGGAGAGUGUGAUCAUGGGGAUGCCUCACAGAGGAAGGCUGAAUGUUCUCGCUAACGUGAUCCGGAAAGAGCUGGACCAAAUCUUCUGCCAAUUUGACUCCAAGCUAGAGGCUGCUGAUGAGGGUUCUGGUGAUGUGAAAUAUCACUUGGGGAUGUAUCACAAGAGGAUGAACCGGGUCAGCGACCGGGAAAUCUCAAUGUCCCUCAUGGCCAACCCGUCCCACCUGGAAGCUGUGGACCCCGUGGUGCAGGGCAAGACCAAAGCUGAGCAGUUCUACAGCGGAGACACUGAGGGCAAGAGGGUGAUGUCUAUUCUGCUUCACGGUGAUGCUGCAUUUGCAGGCCAGGGUAUCGUGUACGAGACUUUCCACCUGUCUGACCUGCCGUCCUACACUACACAUGGCACCAUUCAUGUGGUGGUCAACAACCAGAUUGGUUUCACCACAGAUCCCAGGAUGGCACGUUCCUCUCCUUAUCCGACAGAUGUAGCACGCGUGGUCAACGCACCCAUCUUCCACGUCAAUGCAGACGACCCAGAGGCUGUAAUAUAUGUGUGUAAAGUGGCAUCUGAAUGGAGAAACACUUUCCACAAAGACGUAGUCGUAGACCUGGUGUGUUACAGACGUAAUGGCCACAAUGAGAUGGAUGAGCCGAUGUUCACCCAGCCGCUCAUGUACAAGCAGAUCAAGAAGCAGAAAGGGGUCCUGCAGAAGUUUGCUGAGAAAGUCAUUGCUGAGGGAGUGGUCACAACACAGGCAUAUGAGGAGGAAGUGGCGAGGUACGACAAAAUAUGCGAAGAUGCUUACAACCGCUCCAAAGAUGAGAAGAUCCUUCACAUCAAACACUGGCUGGACUCACCGUGGCCUGAUUUCUUCAACCUGGAUGGACAACCCAAAACUAUGCACAGCCCUCCGACUGGCAUCAGUGAAGAGGAGCUCAAACAUAUUGGAAACAUCGCUUCUUCUGUGCCUGUGGAAGACUUCACGAUCCACGGAGGUUUGAGUCGUAUCCUAAAGGGCCGUGCAAAUAUGGUGGAUCAGCGGGUGUGUGACUGGGCUCUUGGAGAAUACAUGGCCUUUGGCUCUCUGCUCAAAGAGGGGAUACACAUUCGCCUCAGUGGACAGGAUGUGGAGAGAGGCACGUUCAGCCAUCGACACCAUGUUCUUCACGACCAGAACGUUGACAAGAGGAUCUGCAUCCCCAUGAACUACGUUUCUCCUGAUCAAGCUCCUUACACUGUGUGCAACAGCUCUCUAUCUGAGUAUGGAGUACUAGGUUUUGAACUAGGCUUUGCCAUGGCCAGUCCCAAUGCGCUGGUGCUGUGGGAGGCCCAGUUUGGAGACUUUAAUAACACAGCCCAGUGUAUCAUCGACCAGUUCAUCAGCUCGGGUCAGGCCAAGUGGGUCCGACAGAACGGCAUUGUGUUGCUGCUUCCUCACGGCAUGGAGGGGAUGGGUCCAGAGCACUCGUCUGCCCGCCCUGAGAGGUUUCUACAGAUGUGCAAUGAUGACCCUGAUGUUUUCCCUAAAAUCACUCAGGACUUCGCAGUGCAUCAGCUGUAUGACUGUAACUGGAUCGUGGUGAACUGCUCCACUCCGGCAAACUACUUCCACGUCCUCCGCAGACAGAUCCUGCAGCCCUUCAGGAAACCUCUGAUAGUGUUUACUCCCAAGUCGCUGCUGCGCCAUCCUGAGGCCAAGUCCAGCUUUGAUGACAUGCUGCCAGCCACCAUCUUCAAGCGUCUAAUCCCAGACGAGGGGCCUGCAGCUGCCAGCCCAGAAAAGGUGAAGAGAAUCGUUUUCUGCAGCGGGAAGAUCUAUUAUGAACUGACCCGGGAACGCAAAAACAGAGGCAUGGAGGACACUGUGGCUGUGAUUCGCAUCGAACAGCUCUCCCCCUUCCCGUUUGAUCUGGUGAAAGCAGAGACUGAUCGUUACUCGAAUGCUGACCUGGUGUGGUGUCAGGAAGAGCACAAGAACCAGGGUUACCACGACUACGUCAAGCCCCGAAUCUGCACCACCACCAACCAUACCCGCCCCGUUUGGUAUGCUGGUCGUGACCCUGCAGCAGCUCCAGCUACUGGAAACAAAAAGACUCACCUCACGGAGCUGCAGCGCUUAGUGGACGCAGCGUUCGAUCUGGAUGCAUUCUCAGGAAAAAUCUAACUGGUUUACACCUCCCUCCGCUCUCCCUCUCCUCUGCUCUCACCUGCCUGUCCAGUUUCAGUGCAGGACCCCUCCCCAGACUGGCUUUAAAUUGUACCUACAACACUUUGCAUUGAUGUGUUUUUUCCUCAAUAUACCUCCAUAUCAGACCUACUAUCAGUCGUAAUCUUCAAACAAAGCGCACAAUGACCUUUAACACUGUUACCAUGAAGACCUCGUGUUCAGUGUUUGACACUAUUACAGAAAAUAAUGCAAGUUCACCUGCAAUGAAUGUAUGAAUUCUUACAUUAAUUUGUAAGACAAAUACUCGAUCUUCAUUUUAGUAAUAGCAACCUGCUCUGCACCUCCACACAAUAAACCGUAUGCAAUCACCUCCAGAAGAAUUAUUUAAAAAAUGAAUUGAUCUGUUGCAGAUUGCCUAAAAAGGAAAAGGUUUUAGACCACCAUAAGAAAUGAAGAAACUUCAGUGCACAUUUUUAAAGGAUGGUUAGAUUUCCAAGGACAUAAGCGUGUUCUUCCCGAGAAGUAGAUGAGUUGGAAAACCAUGCGCGGUAAGUUGGUUAAACUUUAAAGGUGCUAGUAGGGACAUUUUAAAAAAGGAACUGUGAGCCAGCCAGCUGUUUCCCCACGUGUACAGACUUUAUGCUAAGCUAAACUAACCAGCUGCCGAGAGUAGUAUCAUAUUUAGCGUUUAUAUUCUCAACUGACUGACUGAAGAAGGCAAAUAAGCGUAUUUCCCAAAAUAUUAAACGAUUCCCUUUUUGAAAUGGAGUUGAAUGUCCAAGAAUGUUUCACAACUACAGUGUGAUAGUGGACAAUGAGGUAAACCUAUACAAAUAUAAUGUUGAUUGAUUAUUUGAAAGGCUGAGUUACAAUAGCUAAAUAAUGGGAUAAAGGGAUGUCUUUAAGCUCCUUUUAUUAUGUUUUUGAUUUGACCCCCUACAUUCAAAAGUGAAACCUUUUGAAAACAUUAAUGUCUGCCUUUUGAGAGAACUAGAUUAAAGGGACUCGUAUGAAUGUAUUUCUGCACUUGUAUCGGAGUUCAGCAGAGACUUUAAAAUGACCCAGGUUGUUAUCUGCCUGCGAUCAGAGGGGUGGCUUCAUGUGCAUCUUCAUUUACAGUAACAUAAACACACACACCCCUUGUUUCAGUUCAUUUUACCUAAUUUGUUGUUUUUUCAUAUAUCAUGCUUGAAAUCUUCUUCCUCCUCCAUGGUUCCCUCAACGUCCUGUCUCAUCACUGUAAACGUCUGUUUGUGCCAAAUGUAAUGGAUUAUUUGAAAUUACAUUUCAAUAACAAAAAAACAAUCAUGCCUCCAAAGGAAAAUACUUGUAAUACAACAUGUGAGAUUACUCAGCUCCUCAGAUUUGUAGGAUGUAUUUAUUUUCAUAAAGUGUUGUAUGUUUUAUUGUUUUAAAAAAUAAAGAUUAUA